AUGCUGCACUUGGACACUGCACCAGUCGAGGCCGCCAGAUUUGCUGCUGCUGCUGCUGCUGCUGACUCUGUGAAGCUCCACUGCUGCUGCUGCUGCUGCUGCUGCUGCUGCUGCUGCUGCUCCUUUCGGGGAGGUGACCUCGCAGACUUGGCUUCCUCCUUGCUGCUCCACAAAGGGGGCCCCUCCUGGGGGCCCCCUGGGGCGUCGUGCGCAGGUGUGGGGCCGCUCCUGGGCCCCCCCUUGCUGCCCCGCUGCUGCUGCUGCUGCUGCUGCUGCUGCUGCUGCUGCUGCUGCUGCUGGGCUGCGGAGCGCCUGGCGGGGGAUCGUCUAUCCGGGGAUCGCCUCCGCGGAGACCGAGUCCCCUUGGAUCGGGAUCGCCUUGUGGGGCUUCUGGGCCUGGGCCUGUCCCGGGAUCGGGAUCGCCUUGUGGGGCCGCCUGGGGAUCGUCUGUGGGGUCGUCUCCCAGGGGAUCGGGUCUUGGGGGAGCUGCGGGGCCCCCGGGGGGCCCCCCAGGGGCCCUCGCGAGACCUCGACCUGCGCAGAGACCCUCUUUUGGCGGGCCUGUGGGGCCCCACAGGGGACCACUUCGGGGAUCGUCUUUGGGGAGACGAUCCCCUGUGGGGCCCCACACGUCUCCCGGGGGAGCGGCGGGCCGGGGGGGAGCCUUGGCGGCGCUGGGAUCGUUUUUCCUGGGAUCGUCUUUCCUGGGAUCGUCUUUCCUGGGAUCGCCUCCCCUGGGAUCGCCUUUCCUGGGAUCGUCUCCCUUCCUUCCCCUGCCGCGAAGAGCCGUGGCGGGAUCGCUUGGGCCGCUCCUGGGAUCGUCUUUCCUGGGAUCGUCUCGCCUGGGAUCGCUUUUCCUGGGAUCGCCUCCCCUGGGAUCGUCUUUCCUGGGAUCGCCUCCCCCGGGAUCGUCUUUCCUGGGAUCGCCUCCCCUGGGAUCGUCUCCGCGGGGAUCGUCUCCGCGGGGAUCGAUCCCCAGAGCCCCGCCGGUACGCCCCCCGCUCUGGGGAUCGGAUCCCCUGGGAUCGGAUCCCCUGGGAUCGUCUCCCCGGGGAUCGUCUCCCCCCCGAGGGGCCCCUUCUGUGGGGUGACCGCCGGCGGGGCCCCCGGGGGGCCCCCGGACUCCACAGCGAGGCCCGGGGGCCCCUCUCUCUUGACCUUUUUUGUUCUGGGGAAACUCUGAGAGAUGUUGUCUCUGUGCUUCCGCCAUCUCCUCCUGUCUUUGCUGCUGCUGCUGCUGCUGCUGCUGCUGCUGCCCCAGCAGCAGCAGCAGCGGCUGCUGCUGGGGAGUCCGCAGCUGCAGCCGCGCACGCUGCAGCGUCCGAGGGCCCUUCGCCGCCGCUGCUGCUGCUGCUGCUGCUGCAGCUGCUGCUGCUGCUGCUGCUGCCGGGGGGCCCCUCACAGCUUCCUGGGGGGGCCCCGUUGAUGCAGGGAGAGCCCGGCUGCAUUUCUUGA